ACCAAAUUCUAAUUACGUGUUAUUAUCACCCUAAAAUUCUAAUUUGUUUUUGUCGCGAAGCGGGAGCCAAACGAACUGCGCAGCAUUGUUACCAUAGCAAUCUGUUCUACAACACCUGCUACCGAGAGCAAUAACUAAAGUAAUUCCAUUAGCGACGAUGUUCAUACUUACGACAACAUUACUCUAUUCUGUGUUGUUAUACACCGUUUAUUCGCUCGAAUUAAACUCCACGUUGAACUCUGAACACAAUAUAGCACUAGAAGGAUUUACUUAUAAAGAUUUCACAGCGUUCGAUCUCUGGGAUUGCUUUGAAAAGUGUCUCGAAGAAGGAGUGUGCCAAUCUAUCAACUUCAAUCUACUUUCGUCGCUGUGCGAGUUCAACAAAGAUGUCAAGAGGUUCAACCCUACGAACUCUUGCCAACGAUAUCUUGGAGUUUACAUGGAAAAUCCCAAAAGAGCGAAAAAAGGCUCAGCUUUGCUACUCGCUGGACGGUCAUGUAAAGCAAUCAAGGAUGCUGGAGAAGCUGAAGGCGACGGCGAGUACUGGAUCGAUCCUGAAGGCACGGGAAAACCAUUCACCGUCUUCUGUGAUAUGACAACUGACUCGGGAGGUUGGACUCUUGUCAAGAGAACAAAACUGCAAACAACCACUCCUUCUGCAGAUAGAGUUGAUAUAGACGACUACAAAGGCAUUACCAACUACACCAACAACCAAGUCUUCAUCAUUGUCCCCGCUAUACAAAAGCUGGGAGACGUUAUCGGAUUCCAUCAAGUUCGUUGGCGCUGCAGCAAGAAGAGCCUGGGACGAACCCUCCAUAUCAUGACAACCAACGAUUCCGCUGGUCACAAUGUUCUCAYGCACUACUUACACAAGCCCACGCUCCAGCCACCUGCUUGCAACUCGUUUGUUAGGCUGCCAGAUGACAAUUCAAUUUUGGCACAAAAUUGCAUGAAAUGGGGAAACACCGGCUCCAGUGUCCAGGUCAACAAAUGGGGACGAUAUUCCAACACUGGAAACUGGCGAAUUUACAACAAUGUUAUAGUGUGGGAGUCGAAAUAUUACUUAACAUUUAUUUCAGGGAACUUUUACUGUGAUGACUUUACUGGAAAUUAUGGUGCACUCAGCAUUGGGGACCAAUGGGAGCUGUUUGUUCGCUAAGGAUGAAUAUUUAAUUCACAUCUAACACAUCUAAGGACUGAUAUACAAGUCAGAGUUUAUUCAUAGAGUUGAAACUGUGCAUGCGUUGGUAUGCUGUUGGUGUGUUGAAUGACACGAGUGAAAAAACGUCUGCGCAUGCUCUGAAUCCGUAUGCAAAUUAGCGAAAACAUACGUAAAUUUGACUUUCAAACAUGUCUAAUAAAUUGGACCUCACAAAAUGCUAAAACCAUGUGUCCAUGCUUGAAACUUUAGGCCAAUUCUUUCAUAUUGUGUUUGUUAAUACAGUAUCUUGGUCUGACAAAAGUAUACUUGCGAAAUGUUUUGUAUACUUGGAGAAAACAAACAUUUAUUUUCUCAUUCAAACUCUUCUAAAUUCCUAGAAAACGUGCUGAAAUGCACGCAUGCGCAAACGUUUUUGUCUAGUGCGUGUUGAAUACAAUACUCGAGUUUCGAGUUAUCUUUUUCUUAGCCUUAGUCUCGGUUGUGCGUUAAAAUAUUCAGCCAUUCGACCAAAACCCGUGGAAUUUAAAAUAAACUUGUACUGUUCCGUAGCGCGUACAUUCCAUACUACUGCUAUAGAGACUUUGCACCAUCACGCGAUGGCAGCCGAUGACAGAAGGCAGAAACAAUUGAAUCUGGUCUAAUGUGCUUUAUAUGAGAAAGAAUUCAGUUUCCCAAGGGAGAACGAUUCUAUUGUUGUGCCUUCUGCAAUGGCUGCCAUCACGUGAUGGUGCAAUCGGCCUCAUACAAAGAACACAUUUGAACACAAUCUAGGCUAAGAACUGAGCAAUUCUUCCGGUUUGCAAUAGACGUCAUAGCCGCCAUGUUGGAAGAAUUUGACAAAAGAUUUUUCAUUGAAUUCUUUUGUUAUAGCUUCCAACAUGGCGGACAUCCCUUUUGCUAUUGUGCUCUCUUGGGAUUGAUUGCAAACCAAGAAUGGCGAACUUGAAGUAGGAGAAUUCAAGGAAACUUAAGCACCGUAAAAACUUUGUAGCUAUAGAGUUAAUUAUGACGUUUUCACGCCGUAGAUACAUUUGUUUAGUUUUAAAAAGGACUGUGCCAAUUAAACUCACGCUUUGAAGUUUC